AUGGCCAGAAAUGAUCAUCAGGUUCAACAGAAUCGGGGUGUUUCACAAAGAAAGCCCAACAUUAUUGAGCUUGGUACUAAUGAUGCGAUUCUUGCUCAAAAUAAGCUUCUCUUUCAACAAGUGGAAGAGCUUACUAAGAAAAUGGCAAGGCUUCCUCAACAACUUAAAGAGUUACAAGAACUUCCCAACAAAAACAAACAAGUUGCUCAAUGUGAAUUGUGUAGUGGAGAACAUCCCACUGGUUAUUGUCCACCAAUCAAUGCGGGGGCAAAUUACAUGGGUAACCAGAAUCAAGGAGGCUACCAACAGCGGCAAGCUCCUUAUCAAAACCAAGGGGGAUAUCAACAAAGGCAAAAUGCACAACCAUAUAGCCAAGGGUGGAGACCGGAGAAUUUCAAUAGGCAAAAUCCUUAUCAACAACCACCACCUCAAGAUAAGCCUUCAAAGUUGGAAGAAACAUUGAAUCAAUUUAUGCAAGCUUCGAUGGCAAACCAAAAAAGUAAUGAAGCGGCGAUUAAGAAUCUUGAGACACAAGUGGGGAAAUUGGCGGAAAAGCAAACCGGACCAUCAUUUUCAGCAAAUACUCAACCAAAUCCUAAGGAGCAUUGUAAAGCCGUUGUUACGAGGAGUGGGAGAGUAGUUGAGGCUUUGGAGCAUAUGCCGAAGUAUGCAAAUUUCAUGAAAGAUAUUCUCACAAAGAAGAAGAAGUACACCGAGCCCGAAACCGUCAUCCUUGAUGCGAAGUGUAGUGCAAUUAUUCAAAGUACUUUACCAAGAAAAGAGAGUGAUCCAAGACGAGACUCUUUGCCGGUUACUAUUGGUGAUAUUCAUGUGGGAAGAGGUUUAAUUGAUUUGGGUUCAAGUAUCAAUCUCAUUCCAUUGUCCAUGGUGAAAAGGUUAGGCAUUUUUUACUUAAAGGCGAUGAGAAUGACAUUACAACUAGCUGACAAGUCCACAACCCGUCCUUAUGGGGUUGCGGAAGAUCUACUGGUGAAGGUUGACAAAUUCUUGUUUCCCGUUGAUUUUGUGGUGAUCGACAUGGAGGAAGAUAUUGAUACACCAUUGAUUCUUGGACGACCAUUUAUGAAGACGGCAGGGAUGAUGAUUGAUAUUGACGAUGGUUUAAUGAAGGUGAGAUUUCAAGAUGAAGAAGUGUGCUUUGAUCUCUUUGAAGCUAUGACACAUCCGAGUGAUAAUGGUGAUUGUUUUAGAAUUGAUGUUAUGGAGGAAGUUAUUAUGCAAGUUGAAAGUUAA